CAGACGUCGUCACUGUUUCUGUCUCACAGACAAGUCUCAGACAUCCCUAACAGCUAGGUCCAAGAUAAGAGUUCAAAUGAUUUUCGGCUUAGGGACACGUUGGAGUGCGAAAGGAAAGAACUGCUUCGUGACGGGAGGCUCCCAGGGCUUGGGACUGUCCCUUGCCAUUCUGCUGGUAAAGAAAGGCGCAAAUGUCACAAUAGUCGCGCGGAACGUGGAGAACUUGAAGAAAGCAAUUGCAGAGUUGGAGCGUCAUCGACAGUCUUCUGAACAAACGUUUAGAUAUCAUUCCUAUUCGCUCAGCACAUCCGCAGACUCUCAUGCUGCACUUGAUGCCGAAUGUCGAGCACUUGUGCAGCAGAGCGAUGGAGCAGUCUCGACCCCGGACGCGUUUUUUCUCUGUGCUGGCUCGUCUCGUCCAAGUUUCUUCGUUGAAAAUACAGAAGAGCAUCUAAUACAGGGCAUGGAACAAGCAUACUGGGUACAGGCGUGGAGUGCACACGCUGCUGUGAAGAAACUCGUCCAAGAGCAACGGCCGGGAAAAAUUGCUUUCGUCGGCUCAAUAGUCUCGAUUAUGUCUUUCAUUGGUUACGCACCGUACGCACCCGGAAAGCACGCACUGAAAGGACUUGCCGAAUCACUCCGUUCUGAGUGCAUUCUAUAUAACAUCGAUGUCCAGAUUUUCUUUGCGCCAACGAUGGACUCUCCUGGGCUCGCAGAGGAGCUGAAGACGAAGCCUCAACUCACCAAGAAAUUCGAGGACUCUGACGUGACACUGAGCUGCGACAAUGCCGCCGCAGUCCUGCUGAAAGGUGUAGAACGAGGUGACCACCAUAUCACAGCAACGUUCAAUACACAAAUAUUUGCUAAUUCGAAUCGUGGGGCUACUCCGAUUAUUAACCCGUUUAUUGGUCCCAUUUUGGACUGCAUUGCUUGGAUUGCUGUUCCUUUCUGGAGACGUGGUUGUGACUCAGAAAUUCGAAAGAAUCGGGAGGAGCAUUGUAAUUAUCUUAAGACAGUCGGGUUCCUACCUGACUCGAGGAAGGUGGACUAAUUUCAAGUCCGAAAAUUCCUUCCAGAGUUCUCUCUUCGACUCGGAGUCUGACACUAUGCUAAGAUACUAUUUGCUGUUGUUAGUAAAUUAAUGUGAAUAUUAUGUGCCUGUACUCAG